CGUUGUUAGCUCUGAUACUAUGUUGAUGAUUUAGAGACUUGGCUGAUGCAUUACUAUUGGAGCUCAACAUGUCUUUGUAAAGGGUACAUGCUACACAUUAGAAACUAAAGAAAGCCAACAAUGUUUCAGUGUCACUAAUCAUAAUUUACCUUCUAUUACAUGCCUGUUUCACCUACAAGUAUGUGUUUCAGUUCUAGGUAGAGCAAUUUGUUGGGGCUGAACCAAGCACGACCAUAUGCAAGUGAAAACUUACUUAUCAGCAAAUACAUUUCAUACAAUCAACCCCUCAGCUUGCCAUGAAUUUUGAGGAUAAUUUCAACUAGCAAAUCUUGCAACGAAAUAACAAAAUCACAUGCACAUAAGACACAAGGAUUUAACAUGGAAAAACCCUACUCGGUGUGCAGAGUAAAAAAUUACGGGACCAUCCAGUCCACUCCAAACUUUCACUACAAUCAACAAUUGGUACAAAUGGAGUCUUCUCUAGAACAUCUAGAGGUACAUCACAAAGCAUAUUGAUGUGCAUUACCAUUUGAUUCGUGAUGUGUUGAGUUCUAAACAAAUGUAGCUUGAGAAGGUGCACACAGAUGACAAUCUGGCUGAUAUGUUAACCAAGGUGAUGGCAAAGGAGAAGCUCAAGGCUACCAGCUCGUUGGCAUGACUGCUGGAAAGCAAUGGGAUCUUCCAUGAUGUCGGGAGGGGGAGUUUGUUGGCCAAAUUCCCUCCACAUGGAGACUUUGCUCUUAACCCAUGUGCAGCUUAAAAGUCCAACAAAUGUGAGUCAUUGAUUCAUCUCUUGAUGGAUGGUGGAGAUUGCCUCAUCACAACGACCACAAUAUAAUCAAGACAUAGUUUUGGCAUCCACAACAUCAACCAUAGCAACUAACAAGAGGUAUAAGUAAGUAAACAGAUAAAUAACAGAUUCUGUCCUCUUCGGUUCUCAGCUGAUAUAUCCCAAACCACAUAAGCAAAAUGCACGAAACUUGGAAGAACCGAUGUUCUAUGAUUCUCAUCCAAGCUGACCAAAAACCAGCCCAAUUGGCAAUUUCCACCAUCCAUCAAGAGAUGAAUCAAUGGCUUUCAUUUGUUGGACUUUUGGGCUGCACAUGGGCUGGAGAGCAAAGUCUCCAUGUGGAGGGAAUUUGGCCCAACACAAUUUACAAAACAACAUAUGUCAGAAUUGCCUAUAGGCUGUUUAUCAGAGGAGGCAUUUCAUAAAUUCAUUGGUCAGCCAGUCUCAAUCUUCUGUUCUAGUCGAACGGACGCAGGUGUUCAUGCUUUAUCUAAUGUUUGUCAUGUUGAUGUGGAGCGGAUAAGUAAAAGAAAGCCUGGUGAAGUGUUGCCUCCUCAUGAACCUGGAGUUGUGAAACGUGCAGUGAACCAUUUUCUACAGAAGAAUGAAGGUGACAUAAUGGUUACUGAUGUCUGUUGUGUUGCACCAGACUUCCAUGCUAGAUACAAAGCCCUAGAGCGCACGUAUCACUAUCGUUUGCUUUCUGGAUCUGAGCCACUAUCAGUUUUUGAGAAAUCCUCUGCUUGGCACAUAGCCGAGGAUUUGAAUGUACAGGCAAUGAAGAAAGCAUGCAGCAUACUUGUUGGGCAUCAUGAUUUCAGUUCAUUUCGAGCAGCUGGAUGUCAGGCGAAUUCUCCCAUGAGAACAUUGGAUGAGCUUACUGUUACAGAAGUAUUUCCUUCCAUGUUUUUUCCUUCAAGCUUGGAACGAUCAGAUAUGGAGCCAUUAGAUGGGCCUCUUAUUUAUUCAAGGACAUCAGUUGUGGAAUCUUCUGGUAAAGGAUCUGAUGCUUCUAAUACUACAAGUGAAUCAAGAUGUGAGAGUGGAGGGGAAUUUGGAAAGAGGCUAAGGCAUCGAUGCUUUGUUGUUACUGCAAGGGCACGUUCAUUUCUUUACCACCAGGUAAGGUUAAUGGUUGGUCUUCUAAAAUCUGUUGGUACUGGAGAUCUAACAACUGCAGAUGUUGAGAGAAUUCUGAAUUCAAAGACAGUGACUGCGGCACCUCCUAUGGCACCUGCUUGUGGUCUCUACCUUGCCAACGUGAAAUAUGACCUGAGCAUUUGAAUACAGAUUUCUGAAAUGACCUGCAUCAUUUCAACUUCAAGUUGUCAUAUGUUUUCUUUGGGAGGCCGGUGUUUUUGAAUUAUUGAAACUUAGAUGAGAGGUCCAGACGCACCUUCGAAAGCAAAAUGCUUUCUCACCAUUAGCCGGAAUUUUGUGCAAAUCUGGAAUUUUUUCCACCAUGUGUUAAGAUACUUGUGCGACCAUGAUGGAAGAAUAUGUAUUUCUUGUUCUCAUUAGCUUCUACUCUGUAUUGAGAUUAACGGGGUUCAAUAUUGCAUCUAUCCAGGAAUUUCUAGAUCUUAGCACAAAUUAAACUGUAUGUGUAAACUAGAUAGCAGAAGAGUGGCAGUUUUGAGUUUACCCUUUCUUUGGGUUAUGCCUUAUUUUGUUUCAUCUUCAUUAUAUAUACACCAUACAGACAGCAUUGCAGGGAAUAUAUUUCCUCGUCAGUUCAUCAUUUGAUCUGAAUGGCUUUAGUACA